CCCGGGAAACUGAACCCGGACAAAACAGACACAAACAAACAGCAGAAAACAGCAGAAAACAGCAGACCAGGGCCGGGACAUGGGCCAGGACUUCCACGUGCUCAGGUGUUUCAGCUGUCAGACCUUCCAGGUGCAGCAGGUGAAGAAGGUCAACAGGUGGAGCUGUAAACUGUGUGGACAGAAACAGUCGGUGCUGAAGGAAUUUGGGCGGGGCUCAGGGGCUGACUGCAGACGACAUGUCCAGAAACUGAACGCCAUGAGAGGAGCCAUGAUGGAAGAGGAGGAGGAGGCGACUCGGUCACUAUGGCAGCAGGCAGCACCAGAGGGCGGAGCUGAGGAGCAGGUAGACCUCCAGGUGAGCUGUUCUCAGGUGAGCCUCUGGAACAAAUACGUGGAUCCUCCCCAGGGGGCGGAGCCACAGGACCCUGAACCAGAUGAGAACGUAGUGAUGGACAGGCAGCAGCUCCAUAACAACAGGACCAACAAGAAAAGGAAGCGAGCAAAUGACAAUUGGAGACCUGAACAGAACACGGACCAUCUCAGACCAGACAGAACCAGCAGCUGGACCAACUCCGGACUUCCCAGAAUGAGCAGGUCCAGUUCAACCAGUUUGACCAGAACUGGUCCACGUGCUGUGAACAGACCCGGUUUUUCCAGUCAGUCCACCGCCUGUCCUCUAGAUGUCAGCACACCUGAUCUGUCCAGUUUUACCAGAACCAGUGGUCCCAGUGGCUCCGGUCCCAGUGGCUCUGGUCCCAGUGGCUCCGGUGGUUCUGGUCCCAGUGGCUCCGGUGGUUCUGGUCCCAGUGGCUCCGGUGGUUCUGGUUCCAGUGGCUCCGGUGGUUCUGGUUCCAGUGGCUCUGGUUCGAAGUGGACUCGUUUUCUUAGUGCUGUCUGUCCAAAGGGGGAGGAGCUGAAUGUGGGAGGGGUGAUUAGUGGGUCAGGUGACACACCUCCUCUCCCAUCACCUUCAUUCAGGUGUGUUAAUAAUGUCCAACAGACCCCACCCCUCGCCAGGCCCCGCCCCCUCUUACCUGUCUCCUCCCUGUUUGACAGUGGAGAUGACUUCAGUUUCAGUGACAUGUUUUAAAAGGAAAGAGCUUUUAUUGUGAAAGGGUUGGAGCUUUUAUUAUGAAAGGGUUGUGGUUCCUGUCUUUAUUUGUUAAAGAACUGAAACGCAUUGUAAUCAUGUGGAAUACAAACUUCUCAGAAUAUCUGGUCGAUGCACCUGUCCACCACCAGAGGGCGCUCUUCCUAAACAUGUAAAGUAAAUGGACAGACAUCAGGCCUGUCCUGUGGAAUGCUGGGUAAUGAACAGUCGUGUUGUCAGUGUCUGGUGAUUGUAAUAUGUUUC